CGCCUGUCUUUUUCUAAAGCACGUUUUUCACUGAAGAAGAAGAAUACGAGGAAAAGCAUUGCUCGAUGUUGCUUUUGCAGUGUUUCUAAUGUAUUCUAUAUUAUAAACAAAAGGGGAAGAUUCAGCAAUAAGCAACAUAGACUUUACAUUCAGAUCGAUAGAAGGAAAAUGUAACACGCAUUUCGCCGGGAGGAGAGUUCAUUGUUCGGUUUGUUAUUCUGAAGUGGGGCAACUUGAACAUACGGAACAGAGAACUUGACAUGGCUUAUCAGCAUGGUCGAAAAUCCAUCAGACAGGCAUAUGAAGAGCGCUUUGCCCCAAAGGAUGCAAGAGAGGUGACAGUUCAUCGAGUUGUCAAUAUUAUUGAGAAGAGGAGUCCUAUACCUCGGCCGGGUAUGGAUGUUGACAGAGGAUAUGAUGACCAGCGGUACGGGGGUCCUCGCAACUACCAGAGUGGAAGAGGAUAUCACAGCGAAGACAGUUAUCUACCUGACGACAAUCAGUACUAUGAUGAAAACCCAAACUAUGGCAGUUACCGAAGAAAUUCUCCACCACAUCGAAAUGAUGGCCCUUACCCCCAGCAGAGUUACGGCCGAGAUGAUUUGAGGUAUCAGUUAAGCUCAAGGAACAGGAGCAGAGGUCAUAAUCUGCGAAAAAGAGGUCGAGGGCAUGGUCCUCCUCCAAGGGAGGAUUAUGAUGACUACAGAUCCUCUAAAUCUUUGGUCAUCACACGGGAUCGCUCUCCUGGAAGGAGGGAAGGCUAUCCACCUGUCCGAUCCGGAUCAAACAGCAACAGGAGCUUCUCUCCUGAGAUGGACAAAGGCUACACCUACCAGCAAAAGCACAAGUCCAACACAACGAAGAGCUACACUCCCAGCAGGUCUGUAGAGGGCUCUCCUCACCGCCCAGUCCCUUCUAAGGAACAACCGUCAGCAUCUGCAGCAGAGACGGAGGAGGCAGUGGCUGCCAGCACGGAGCCAAAGCUAACACCAGAGGAGGACCUAAAGGCACGUCGAUCGGAGGCCAUUAAGGCUAAAGUUGCUGAAAUUGAGAAGCAUUACAGGCAGGACUGUGAGACAUUCCGUACAGUGGUGAAGAUGCUGGUAGAAAAAGAACCCAGUUUGGACGGUCUGCUGCAAGCUCCGCUGGAUAAGAACCUGUUGGAGAUCCGACAACACUGCCUAGAUGCCAUCAAGAGCUUUGUGAUGGAGCUGGACGAGAUAUUGGAGCAGCCAAACACGACAGCCUGAGAUAGUAAUAGGAGACUGCUAAAUUUACAAUGUGAAGUCACUUGGACAUAAGCUGGGAAUCUGAGGACUAAAACAUUUGAUCUUUUAUUCAUAUGUUUUUCACAUAUCCUGUUCAUCAUAAUUCUACAAGGUUGUGAUGAUAUUUUGUAAAUGACUGACUAAAAUGUUGUUACAAUAAAGAACAUACAGUAUUAAAUAAUUAAAAACAAUUCAAAUUUAAAAGAGUCACGUUCAUACCAGCUUUGAACUUUUACUUGUGUUUGUAUCAUAAACUCUGUUGCCAAACUACUAAAGAUGGCGUGGUAUUCAAGUUGUGGCGGAACUUUUCAAUGAUGUACUAUAAUGAUUUUUUGUUAUUUGCUUGUUCAGUUGCAAGCACAAGUCACUCCAACCAAUAAUUAGGGUACAAUUGAAUUGCUGUUUACACUGAGCGUGUGUUUUAGUCUUCAUCUAUUUUGUCUCGUUAUGUAUUGAAGUUGACCUUUGCAUUUUUGUGUUUCAGAUACAUUAACUUUUAAAAUAAACAAAUACCAUUUCUUUA